UAUUCUAAUUCUAUGGUCCACCGAAAAUGUCCGUCUGUGUUGCGGCUCGGUCGGGACGGGGGAUUUCGCCAGGAAAUAAUACACAUUUAACCCCUGAAGAAGACAGACACAAGCCACAUAUUCUGACAACCUAGAGUACUAUCCCCCAGGAAGGAGUGUCGACUUGGUGUGUUGGAGCGACACCAACAAAACAACGGGAGUUUACAGUAACAGUUCUUCCGCUGUGAUGUCGGGUCCCGGGUCUCGGAGGACCGGGUCCAGCAUCAAAAUCCGCCUGACAGUCUUAUGUGCCAAGAACCUUGCAAAGAAAGACUUCUUCCGGUUGCCGGACCCAUUUGCAAAGGUAGUGGUGGAUGGAUCAGGACAGUGUCAUUCUACAGACACAGUGAAGAGCACUCUGGACCCCAAAUGGAACCAACACUAUGACCUGUACAUAGGGAAGACAGACUCCAUCACCAUCAGUGUGUGGAACCAUAAGAAGAUCCACAAGCGGCAGGGCGCCGGGUUCCUGGGCUGUAUAGGACUGAUGGCUACCUCUAUCAGCAGACUGAAAGACACGGGCUACCAGCGGUUGGAUCUGUGUAAGCUGAAUCCAUCAGACAGUGAUGCAGUACGGGGACAGAUCGUAGGUAAGACUGACUGAACACAGGGUUUCCGU